AUGAAGACCGGCCUCUUCGUGUAUACUGCUCUCUUCGCCGCAACUGUAGUGCAAGCCCACGAUGCGUCUCACGACGUCGUGAAGAACGUAUCCCCUGAUUCGAAUCCCGAGUCAAAUCCGGACGUGGUGAAGAGGAUGCUGAAGUCGAUCAAGCACAAGGACGUGAUGCCGUUUCCUCAGCCAAAGCCCAUCACAGUUUCCGAGAUAGCGGGCGUCAAAUUCAAACCUGAGCUCCACAUUACUGACGGAUGCGCCUCGUACCCCUUCGUGAACGCAGCUGGUGAGAUUAGCGGCGGUCUCGACAAUACGGGAUCCCCUAAUGGCAUGUGCAAGGGAUCUGGGUAUGGGUCUCAAGUCUACGGACGCUCAGAUUGGUACAACAACAAAUGGGCCAUCAUGUUCGUCUACUACUUCCCGAAAGACUCGCCGUCUAGUCUUAUCGGCCGUCGCCACGGCUUCGAGCAGGCCAUUGUGUGGCUUGAAAAUCCUGCCACGAGCAACGUGGUGAUGGCGGUUUCGUUGUCGGAAGGCCAUGAGUUCUCGAAGACGGUUGGACCAGACUCGAAAUUUCUGAACGGGACGAGUGUCAAACUCAGCUAUGAGAAGUUGGGUGGCAAAGGCACUCACGGGCUCAAACUCACUGAGACGCCUGGUGAUUCUCUGCCACUGAUCAUGUGGGAACAGCUGACGCCAGAGGCUCGCGAUGCGGUGAACGCGUUUGAGUCGGAUGGAGACAAGGUGCCCUUCAGUGAAACUCAGUUUGCGAAAGAGUUGGAAAAGGCUUGGCCGUUCAAAUAA